CGCAGUUGUUUAUUUUGAUUUGGUCCCGCCAUGCUAAAAUGUCUGUGCCGUCAGAUUUGCAAGAAUUUCGUCCUUAAUCUGUAAUCAAGUUCAUGAACUGGAAAUAAAGAAACAUCGCCCCAAUGUUCGAAAUUCUACCCUCCCUUAGGAAACCUUUAACAAUGGUGAAAUUGGCUUGAUCUAGCAGAUCGUCUCCUCCUCAAGAUGAGUAUGGUAGGCCUGUCUACACAAGCGCCCACGUCGGCUGAUGCAUGUCUCAGCAUCGUCCAUAGUCUGAUGUGCCAUCGCCAGGGUGGGGAGAGCGAGAGUUUCGGGAAACGAGCCAUUGAGAGUCUGGUGAAGAAGCUGAAGGAGAAGCGGGAUGAGUUGGACAGUCUCAUCACGGCCAUCACAACGAACGGGGCACACCCCACCAAGUGUGUCACUAUACAGAGAACGCUGGAUGGCCGAUUGCAGGUGGCUGGGAGGAAAGGGUUUCCGCAUGUGAUCUACGCCCGCAUCUGGCGUUGGCCUGACCUCCAUAAGAACGAGCUGAAGCAUGUGAAGUUUUGUCAGUACGCCUUCGACCUCAAGCAGGACAGUGUGUGUGUGAACCCUUACCACUACGAGAGGGUCGUCGCUCCAGGAAUAGAUCUGUCAGGGCUGACGCUACAGCAUGCAGGUGAGUACUCAUCCAAGGACCAGUACUCCGCCUUAGUGCUGCGUCCCCCUGGCCGCCUGGUGAAGGACGAGUACGGAGGCGAGAUACAGAUGGACAGAGCCUCCACAUCAUCUGACGGCAACCAGACAGUUCAACAUCCACCCUCUGAAGGCUUCAAUAGGCUUAUAGUUGGCGAGUGUUUCUCUGGUCAAGGGUCACCGGCCCCUCCAACAACAGUCCAGCACCAGCAGCCUACCAGUGUCCCCUCAGCGACGCCCUUGGGUCCGGGGGCAGGGGGCGUGUCCCUCCAACACCCCCUCUCCCCCCAACCCCUCUCCCCCUCCCAACCGCCGGCCGCGCCUCCGCAGCCGCAACCACCGUCACAACCCACGUCAGCCCCGCCCGGUGUGGAGCUGACCCAAGCUAGUUCAAGUGGUAUAAGUCACAGCCAUGGCUCACCCCAGCUUAUAGACACCUUCAACAACCAGGUACCUCAAGCCAACUCCGCCAACCUCAGUCAUUACCCAACCAGCUCGACAACAACGUGGGUGGGCAGCAACACUGCCACCUACACGCAGAACAUGUCCGCGCCACAGUUCUGGAACAACAACCAAAUCCAGUCUGACAUGCAGACUCUGCCACCACUCACCAGCCAACCACCUCCUGAAUUCUGGUGUACCAUCACCUACUUCGAGUUGGACCAGCAGGUCGGGGAGACGUUCAAGGUCCCGUACAGCUGCUCCACCGUCACAGUCGAUGGCUACACUGACCCCUCCAGCAUUGACAGAUUCUGUCUCGGCCAGCUGUCCAACGUACACCGGACAGAGGCCAGUGAAAGAGCCAGACUGCACAUAGGUAAAGGCGUGCACCUGAACUAUCGCGGUGAGGGUGACGUGUGGAUCCGAUGCGUCAGUGACCACAGCGUGUUCGUACAAAGCUACUACCUGGACAGAGAGGCAGGACGGGCCCCGGGUGACGCUGUGCAUAAGAUAUACCCUAGUGCUUACAUCAAGGUGUUCGACAUACGUCAGUGUCAUCGUCAGAUGCAGCAACAAGCAGCAACAGCCCAGGCAGCGGCGGCGGCGCAAGCAGCAGCAGUGGCGGGGAACAUCCCGGGGCCGGCAUCAGUCGGAGGUAUUGCCCCUGCUGUGGGACUGUCCGCUGCAGCAGGGAUCGGAGUUGACGAUCUGCGUCGGCUGUGUAUUCUACGACUGAGCUUCGUGAAGGGCUGGGGCCCUGACUACCCACGCAAGAGCAUAAAGGAGACGCCAUGUUGGAUUGAAGUGCAGCUGCACCGACCUCUACAGCUCCUGGACGAGGUCCUGCAAGCCAUGCCCCUCAACGACCCCCGACCUCCACGGGGGUUCUUCCUGGGCUGAAUGCCAAGUGUUGUGUUGUAAGGGUAUUGUUGACGCUUUGUGCGGGUGUUGUGUUAUGCUGGUCUGCACAGGACAGGGCUGCAGGGAUGGAGCAGUCAGCCGAGUCGACGGAAUGAAGACGACGGAGGAAAAAGAGACAAUGCCAAAUCUACACCAAACCAAAGCAUUCUUAUAUCUGAGUAUUUUACUCCUAUGUAAUCAGGGAUAGAGAAUUGAAGUGAUGGAAGUUUGUUUGGCUUUUAUUUUUCUACGGAAUUGCAGGUGUUUUUUAGGCAUAUUUGUCAUACAGCAGUGGCUGUUGUACCCCGAGUUAACACUAUGACAAUAAUGGUAUGUUCCCUCCUGAGUAAUGAGACUACAUAUACUCCUUGCAAUAUUUAGGAAAAUAAUACAUUCUGCUUCAGUCUCUGCAAAAAAAAGUUUGAAUCUGCUAGCCCGAACUGUGUGGCAUUAUUCAUGUUAUUUUAGUCUUAGUAUAUGGACUAAUAUUAACUGGGGGCGGUCGGGUAGCCUAGUGGUUACAGCGUUCGUUUGUCACGCCGGAGACCCGGGUUCGAUUCCCGUCAUGGGUACAAUGUGUGCAGCCCAUUUCAGGUGUCCCCCGCCGUGAUAGUGCUGGAAUAUUGCUAAAAGGGGCAUAAAACCAUUCUCACUCACUAAUAUUAACUGAUCUUAAUAGACCUUAAGAAAUUUUACUGGACAGGGUCUUCGGACUGUUCGAUAAAGUCACAGACUGCUGUUUCAUAUCUGACGCCUAUGUUAUGAUGGUAACUGGGCUAGCAAUUUACACUGUUUACACUUAACGCCACUUGGGUCUCCAGAGUGAGUGAGUUAAAAUUUAACGUCACAUCGGCAGUAUUUCAGCCAUAUAGUGACGAGGGGUCUCCUGAACUAUAUUCAAUACAUACACCCUGGCUAAUACACUGAGGUUGCCUUGCGGCUGGUUGACUGAAACACAAACUGAAGUGCUGACAAUACUGCAGACGAAGGGGACAGUUAUUACCUCAAGGUCCAAUUUGACCUAAAGGUCAAGGUCAUGACCUGACAUUACAAGGUCAAUGUCAAAUAUGUCCUUACUUGGUUAGUUUGAAGUAAAGUAAUUAAAUGUUUGAUGGAAUAAGGGUUGUUAUAUCAAUCAGGUCAAGGUCAUAUCAACCAACAGGUCAAGGUCAUGACCUGACCUUACUCUGAAUGUAAUAGAAUAUUUUAGACUUAGAUGUUUAAAUGUAUUCUAAUGUACUGUAUUGUGAUGUAAGCUUACCAAGCUUGUAUUUAACUACUCAUAUAUAUCAUAGUAUUACAGAGCGAGGGAGUACUGGAUGAUGUGUAGGGAGCAGAUGUGGAGGGAUCUAUCACUGGAUUGUCUGGUCCAGACUUGACUAUUUACAGACCGCCGUCAUAUAGCUGGAAUAUUACUGAGUGCGGCGUUAAACAACAAACAAACUUGUUUUAAUUAUUCAUACAUUUUCGUAUAUAUCAGCAUAGGUUAUCACUCACAAAGAAGAAUUUAGACAGUGUGUCAUUUUGACACACUGAAAUGUUUCUGUUUUUGUGUCAUAUCUGUCAUUCAUUAUUCAAAACACAUUUUAUAAUACCUUCCAAGCUGAACUGAUGAUCUUUCUAUUUUAUAUUGGUAUUGUCUUCAUAGAGGGUCCAUUGAUAGUCAAUCCCGGAGGUGAAGUGUUAUUCAAAAGCAUUCAAUCAAAGUUGUCUUUGACAAGAGCUGACAUGAUUGUGUAAUUAUUUCCCAUUUCUCCUGAAGUUGUUCUGAGGAUGUGAUAUUUGUCUUACUGCAGACCUUGGAGAACUUGUUUUAAUCAUGAACUUUGAAGUUUCACUUGGGCUAGGGUCAUACAAAAAGACAUAAAAGAUGGUACUUGUUAUUUCCUGGCCUGGCACUUGCAUUAAAAGAAUAAAACAAAUACUGGUCGGCUCGGAGUCCGUAUGCUGUAUUGUCAUCCAAGUAGGUGCUUCUACAGUCAUCCUAGAAAGUCCUAAGGUUGUACAACAGUGCAUCUAAGGUCGUACAAGAUGCAGUCCAUCUAAGGUCGUACAAGAUGCAGUGCAUAUAAGGUCGUACAAGAUGCAGUGCAUCUGAGGUCGUACAAGAUGCAGUGCAUCUGAGGUCGUACAAGAUGCAGUGCAUCUGAGAUCAUCCUUGAAAGUGCUUUUACAGUCAACCCAGAUGCAAUGCUUCUAUGGUCAUCCUAGAAAGUGCUUCUAAGGUCAUACUAGAUGCAGUGCUUCUAAGGUCAACUGAUGUGCAGUGCUUUAAAGGUUAUCCCUGAUGCAGUGCUUCUAAGAUCAUCCUAGACACAGGACUUCAAAGACAUCAUACACUAAGUGUUUCUAAAAUAUCUCCCAUCCAGUGCUCUAAGAGACCCUUGCUCAACCAGUGCUCUUAGGCCAACCUACCAGUGUUUCUGAGACGCCCCUCAGUCGUUACUUCUAAGGUCUGCAGUAAUAGUCGGACAGGUUCUGGUAUAGUGAGAGAGAAAGUUGAGCUAGGCUAUGGCUGCUUGUGCUCGGUGUUCGUGUUUCGUCUUCCAUCAUUGACUUAUGUGAUGUCCCGUGUGUUGAGACUGACUGCCCCCAACUGAGAUCAAAGCAUCCAAAUCCUUCAAAUAUCAACAUAACGAACAUUUUGGAAGAGUUGAAGUCUAUUUAGCUGACAAUGUAUUAAGCACAAUAAGGAUUGUUUCAGAGUACAAGUCUCAAGGGAAUAUGUUACCAUGACAUUGUAGGUAUGUUAGGUCAUGCUCACCUCAGAAAUUCAAUUUGAAAUGUUGGACGUUGUCUGAUCUUGGUUGUAGGUAGGUCAGUGUACAUAUCUGUGUUACCAUGGUUACUUGUCAAUAUCAUCAGUGCUAUAUCUUGUCAUGUUGUUACCAUGGAUACGUCAUGUUGUUUACUUCCAGCCAUCAUUAUGUUUGAUUACAAUGUUGUCAUGGUUACAGUACAAUUUGAACAAGACUUACCGACCAUCUGCCACUUCCAUUCUUUAGAGCCUGAUCAUCCGCAUUGAUAUUUAUUGCUCUGUUAAUUCAAGGAAAUUGCUUAGCUUCCAGCAGUUUAUAUGAUCAUGAAAGAAGGUGUAGUUGUGUAGAUUGAGGAAUGUAAGUAAUAUAGGUUUAGUGUUUGGGGCGAAAUUUUUGUUUGAGACGAAAAGUUUUCUCAUUCAGUACUAAUGUGAAGGGUGAAACUGUUUUUCUUUAAUUACAAACAAAAUAGUUUUCAGAACAUCCUGCAAGUCUGUCUGUUUUUGUGCGUUAAACCUGAAGAAAAAGUGUUAUUUUCCAGCAUUUUGGGGAACAGAUUUUGUUUUUUCAAAAUUGUCCCAGCUACAUCCUCAGAAUAUAAAAUGGUCGGCUGCAUAUUGGUGUGCAAGUUUCUCCGAGUUGAGUAUUUUAGCUGUUUUAGAUCUGACCUGAGCUGCAGGAGCUCUGGUCAUGGGGAGGAGCUCUUCGUGUUGCUGAUGAGAUUUUACAGAAACUUUUAAUGGUAUUUGUGUCUUGGGAAGCACAUUGUAUUAUUCAGUUUUAUUAUUUCUUCGGUUGAGAAAUGAUGCCUCGUUAGGGUGAAAAGCGGAGUCAACCCACUGGUUUGUAUUGUUUUGCUUGGAUUAAGGAUCCGCCGUCUUUAAAACUACAAAUAACGAGGUAUUGCCAUCAGAUAUAAGGUUUAUGAUUCAUGUAAGGUCCCAACGUAGACCGAUAUUUUUUUUAUAUUUUUUUCUAUCACCUACUCAUCCAAAUCAAACUUCAAAUCCAGUACAACCAUUAUAUUUCUUAAAGGUUUCAACAUGCCAACAAACGCUAAUGGCAUCUUCCAGCGGCAAGGGAGUUAACUUACUCUACAGGUGGAAACUGGACUUUUAUAGUCCGUUAACUCCCUUGCCUCGGGAAGAUGUGCUAAUGGUUGAUAUUUUUUCUUCAUGCACUUAGUUCAGAUUAUAUAUUCCAAGCGAAAACCAUGUCAAAUGUAUGAAAAUGAGUUUCCAAAUAUACUACUGAAUAUCUGAUCAUUCACACUGAUCUAUAGUGAUACAGUAAUUUUAUACGAUUUUAAAUGAGAACUAUUCAUGUAAAUUACACAAGGAUGUUUUAUUUACUUUUGUCAGUCGUGUAAAUUCUAUGGUAGACUUGAAAUGGUUCUUUUCCAGUGUCAAAAGCAAUGGGAUGGAAUUAAAUAAUGUGGUAAAAUUUGAUCUGAUGAACAGCCUAACAUCAAGUAUUUCAUGUCAUGAGAGUCUGAUGGAUGGAUAGCCACUGAACUGUGUUAUUAGUUGAAUAGUCAGUUUUGUAGUCGGCCGUGGAUCACUUUAUCAUGAGGUGAAGAGUCACUCAAAAUGUGAAUUGGCAAUCAAUUUGUUAUCAGAUGAAUAUUCAGUUUUGUAUUAAGGGAUAACCUGUCUAUUUGUCAUUUAUGAGUCAAGUGAAUAGUUUGUUAAUUAUUAAAUAUCAUGUAGGAUCGGUAAUUUGUCAAUAGACUAUACGUGAGGUACAUAAAAUGGUCAGUCAGUUAUCAAGUGAGAGCCUCGCACCAAAUGAAAGUUUUUUUAAAUGCCUAGUCGAUGAUUAUCAGAUGACAAUUAGUGAAGUAUCAGAUUCACUGUCUCUGUCAUCACAUGACUAGAAUUGACUACUCUGCCACACUAAGUACUGUCCUGAAUUGAAUUCAUUGGGUGGGAGGGAGUGGGUACACAAUGAGAUAUGCAGAAUUGCAUCCCUGAGGCAGGACAGGAUGCCAGGGUCACAGUUCAUGUCCGCCCCAACAUUAAGUGGCCAUGUGGUGAUGUAUCUAAGUACUGUUCAAAGCAGCGUCACAUAUCUCUCACUGUAAUUCAUUAAUUUGGGAGCAACCAUUUAAUAUUCUUUGGAUGAGGUCAGUGCUUCUCUGCAGGGUAAAGCAUACAACACAGAAAAGUUUUCAAACCAUCCAGCUUGUUCAUUGAACAAACUUAUCUUUUGUAAAACCUGAGGACAAUUGAUUUUUUUGGAGCAGAUAAUUAUUUUUUCCAAACAAUAUCACUGCCACCCACCAAAAUAUAAAAAAAUCAAAUGGCCUAUCAUUUCAACACAGUGACAGUCUGGAGCAUGACACAUCAGUUUCCUUCAGACAAACAUCAGACUUUUAUGAAGAAUAGUUUGUAUCAAUAGGCUGCAUAUUUGUUUGUUUAUCAACCAUUUCUGUAUUUUCAUGUCUACUUUCAAGGCUUGGCAUUCCACCGUGUAGUGUUCUCACCUAAUUACAGAGGGCUUUUAUCAAGCUAUUCAUUUUAAUCUUCUGCAUUUCAAACCAUCCAUCGACUUGGGUUGUAUUUGUACCAUGAGGAAUAACACUAGAAAAGUAGAAUGUGGACAGCUUCCUGUUUUAUCAUCCAGAACAUGUUCCACAGGAGAUAUAGCUUGGAUGAGAUCAAUUGAUAUUAUUAUCCCAGGAUAUGUGCUGAAGGGAUCGCAUCACAAUGCUAUACAGACCAUUGUGAUGUCAUCGGUUACCAUGACGUCAGAAUCAAAUGACUAAUAGCUGCCACUGAAGCAUGUUAGCUGUACCUUUUACAUACAGGAAACAGGUUGUUACUGUUAAAACAAUGAAAAGUUUGAAGAAAUUGUCUUUUGAUAUCAAAUAUAUCAACAGUCGUCCAUAAAAAUUAAAGAUUCCUUUUUCACUUUUAUCAACCUAAGUUGAUAUGUUUGAUAUCAAAAGACAUUAGGGUGAGAUUCUGUAUGCCUCCUAUCCUCUGUAUUUUGAUUUUGAAAGUGUUCUUUUGAUAAGGAUAUGUUUCGAAGAUACACAGAACUUGAUACACAAUAUGCAAAGUGUAUAUUGAAACAGAAGGACGUUUCUGAUUAUUCCUGUCAAAAGUUUUGAAUGUUUACAAUUCACUAACUAGAGACUUGUGGUAGUACUAUUAUCCCUGUGUCGAUCCUGUUAUUUUGAAACAGGCGUUGUGAGGGUUGUCAUGGGAACCGAUCCAGAUCAGGUGAUGGUGUGGAAUGCAGGAUUGUAGUUCUUGGCAGACAGGUAAUGGCAGGGACACAUCGUAUAUAGUAAUUGGGCUAUGUGUCCUAGGCUUCAUCUUGUAUCAUCUCUGUAACGAAUGUGAAAUAAAGUCAUGUUCAAAUUUUA